UUUAAUUUCUCUUUUUUCGUUCAGUCUCGACGGUAUGAUUCACGAACAACCAUCUUCUCGCCCGAAGGACGCCUUUACCAGGUGGAGUACGCCAUGGAGGCCAUCGGCCACGCCGGAACCUGCCUGGGAAUUUUAGCCAACGACGGAGUGCUGCUGGCCGCUGAGAGGAGGAGCCUCCACAAGCUGCUGGAUGUGGUGUUUUUCUCUGAGAAAAUCUACAAGCUGAAUGAAGACAUGGCGUGCAGUGUAGCAGGAAUCACUUCAGAUGCCAAUGUCCUGACCAAUGAGCUGAGGCUCAUAGCUCAAAGGUAUCUGCUGCAGUACCAGGAGCCGAUCCCCUGUGAGCAGCUGGUCACGGCACUCUGCGACGUCAAGCAAGCCUACACACAGUUUGGAGGGAAGCGUCCCUUUGGGGUGUCGCUGCUCUACAUGGGCUGGGAUAAACACUACGGCUUCCAGCUCUACCAGAGCGAUCCCAGCGGGAACUACGGAGGCUGGAAGGCCACCUGCAUCGGGAACAACAGCGCUGCUGCCGUGUCCAUGCUGAAGCAGGACUACAAGGACGGAGAGAUGGCCCUGUCUUCGGCCCUCGCCCUUGCCAUUAAGGUUCUCAACAAGACAAUGGACGUCAGCAAACUGUCAGCAGAGAAAGUGGAGAUCGCUACCCUGACCCGCGAGAACGGCAAGACCUGCAUCAAAGUGUUGAAGCAGAAGGAGGUGGAGGAGCUGAUCAAGAAGCACGAGACGGAAGAGGCCAAAGCUGAGAAGGAGAAAAAAGAGAAGGAACAGAAGGAGAAGGACAAGCAGUGA